AUUUUAUACAAUUUUAAAGGUAGAAUUUAUGGCUGCGUGGCAAUUUUACAGAAACACUACACUUGGUCAAUGUUUGGAAGAUUCGCUAGAUGAAAUGGUUCAGACGCAACAGAUCACUGUCGCUGCUAAGGCACAAGUGUUACUACAGUUUGAUAAAGCAAUGAGUUACUCGCUCGCACAACGAGCUAGGAACAAAGUCAAUUUCAAGGGUAGGAUAAAAACAUACCGUUACUGUGACAAUGUUUGGACCUUUCUGAUGACCAAUACAGAGUUCAGGGACUCUACGGAGGGGUUUCAUGCUGACAAAGUCAAAAUAGUGGCUUGUGAAGGUAACAAACAAGAGAAGACGUAACAAUAUGGUGGUUACUAUGGUUACCUAGCUCUCAAGCUUUGGAUCAGAACGGUUGAUAGAACGAGUGUUGAACUGAAAGUGAAAUUAAUGUUGGAGAACUGAAAGUGAAACUAAUGUUGGAGAACUUUGUGAGAAUUAGUUUUGAGAACGUAUUUUUCAACUUCGAGAUUGAAAUCAGAAAUGUUUAUUUUUUAGCGAGUUUAGUGAAGAUUGGAGGAAGGAUUAAAGUCGUCUGAAUUGAUUUUAUGAAAUUUUUACCGAAGCUUUUGGUAAGGAAAGGGAUCAGAUAUUGUACCACUCUGCCCCUAAUAUUACCGUAUAUAUUUCUGUUGGUGAACAGAAUAUUUGAUUUAUGAUUUAAUUAUUAAAACUUCUUUUUUUG